AGCUGACUCAGUCACUAAGAAAACAAACCUCACAAAAUCCACAACCAAACAGUUUAGAACAAAUUAAAAAGGUUGAUCAAUGGCUGACUGGAAGAUCCCAAAACAUCACUGCGUUAUCCACACCGCGGACGAUGAUGACCUCUUCGGCGACCGCGUUUAUAUGAACUGCUGGGAACGAUUGAGGGCUAAGUGGAUGAGCCUCAUAAUCGUCGCGGAAAGCCCACUCUCCGACAAGGUUUUUAAAAGCAAGGCCACUUUGAGGCGGGAGAGGAUCAAGCAGUUGGAGUCCGAUCAUCCGUAUGUCAUACAUCCGUUGAGCAAAUUUAGGGCGUGGUAUGGAGUAUAUCAACUCCUCUUAUAUCUGUGCCUGAUCUUGAGCAACACGAUAGAUGGAGCCUUCUCCCACCGACUGUACCACAAAAAAUUGUCGUCGGUGAAAAUUGCGAUGAUUCUGGAGGUUCUAGCCUUGAUAGACAUGAUCAUGAUAUUUAACACUGGAUACAUUAUCGCGGACAAGAAUACCGUUGAGAUGAGGCCUAGGAGAAUCGCUAAGCACUAUGUACGUAGUCCCUACUUCCUCUGCGACCUAGCAUCGUCGAUUCCAAAAAAUAUUCCCUAUCUUUUCGUGCGAGAUGAAUACCAACUGUAUCCGGAUUGGGUCCUAGGGAUAUUUUGCCUGCUCUUGUUUUCAAGGAUGAUCAGAAUCGUAACCUUCAUUCAGCUACUGUACAGGAGCGCAGAGUAUUUCGAAUGUUCGUCGAAAAGCCUCCUUUUCGUGCUAACCUGCGCCUUCAUCACCUUCAUUUCGAUCCACUUCAUGGCGUGCAUGCAAUUUGCGGUACCGAGAUUCGCCACUCGAUACUUCGUGAAGCACGAAGAAAGGAACGCGUGGAUUCACAACGAAAACGUUGACAGCACCGAAAAGAGUUUCAUCUCGAAGUACGUCAUAUGCUUUUUCAAGAGCAGCGCUUAUAUAUUAGGUGUUUAUCUGCCACUGUUCAUACACUACAGGUCUGAAGAAUAUGUGCUAGCCAUCGCUACAUAUUUGACAGGAAAGCUGUUGUGUGGCGCUGUCUGGGUUGUACUGGCGAUAUACCUUUUGACAAGAAAGGCGAUGCAGAUACGUUUCUUCGAAUUGACCAAUCAGUUAGAAGCUUACAUCGACGAGAAAAAAUUCCCCAGCGAUCUUGGGAAUAAGCUGUUGGACUACUAUACCUUCAAGUAUCAACGGAAAUUCAUAAACGAACAGAAGAUAUUGGGCCUCUUGUCAGAUAACCUAAAGCGAGACGUAAGGACCCACAUCUGCAAAAAGCUGGUCAAGUCCAUAACGACGUUCAACGAUCUACGAGAAUACGACAUAGACGAGCUCGUAUCCAAACUGGUACCUCAGAUAUACCUGCCAAUGGAAACAAUCGUCAGAUCUGGAUCUGUCGCUGACGGAUGCUACAUUAUCUCCAGUGGAACUGUCGCUUUGUAUACGCAUUCGGGAAAAGAGGUAUAUCAUCUUCAAGACGGCGCGCUAUUCGGAGAAAUCUCUUUGUUGAUUCGUGACCAAGAAACGGUUCUCGCUACAGUGAUAGCUAUAGAGACAUCGCAAGUAUACAAAUUUUUGAAGAGAGAUCUGGAAAGAUUCUUGAAAGCACACAAACAGAUUGCACAGUUCCUGAUCAAGAGAGCAGAAAAAAAGAAAAGAAUGCUGGCAAAGUUCGAGAAAGAAGCAAGACGUAUGCUGUUCGAACAAACGUACAAAACUACAAACAAUCCAGGUGAUGAACAUGAAGCAUACGUUGAACAAGGAGAACAAGAGUUGAAGCAGUGAUUAAUUUUUAUCAGUUUUGUUAAAUUUAUAUUAUUGUAUUGUUUAUGUUAAUAUCUUUAACCCAAUAUCACUUUUCUAAACCCAAUACAAUAUUCUAAAAAAAUUAUACACAUUCAGUCG